GGCCCGUGCUUCUUUCCCUCCUCCAACACAACCGCUGCCGAUUCGCUUCGCAUAGCACAGCUUACUUUGUACAUACCGGUACAGUAGUAGCCUUGUUGUAGCCUACCUGCAGUUGGUGCUCUCAGCGACGACAAGUCCAACCUCUCACCACUCGACCCAACGCUGGCAAAGAUGGAUUUCGGGGAGAGUGACUCUCCUUGGGGCGAUGUACCGUCGCAAUCGUCAAAGCCUCCAUCCAUAAACCAGCCGUCACAAGAAGCCGAGUCGUCGCAGCCGUCGCAACAGCAGCCCUCCGUCAAGUCGCCCACCGCCCGUGGCCCACGAAAGCCUAUCCGCCGACUUCAGGCGCAACCGACAACCAUACAAUCCGACGAUCCCCUGGGUCCUCUGGGUCCGCUUGGCGACAACAAUGCCGCGCCUGCUGUCGAUUCGCAGCCUGACGAGCCCCCGGCCCCUCCCCAGAAGGAGCAGCUGCCCAUUCGCACCACACUGCCUCAGUCCCACGCCCCAACCGGCCUGCGGAAGCCCGGCCCAAGAGAUCCUCACCAGAUCGACGAGGACGACGAUGACGACGAUGACAGACCACUAGGUCCGAGGGCCCCUCCUCCUGUCCAGGUCGCUCAGCCCAGCCAGAUCCGCAGCAGUACGCAGCCCGGCGUCAGUGUCGAGCAGGCAGCCAAGCCUACCUUCCAGAUCACAGUCGGUGACCCCGUCAAGGUUGGCGACCUGACUAGCUCCCAUAUCGUCUACGCGGUCAGGACAAGAACCACCUCCAAGGGGUACAGGCAGCCAGAGUUCGAGGUCAAGAGGAGAUACCGUGAUUUCCUAUGGCUCUACACUACCAUGCAUGGCAACAACCCGGGUGUUGUGGUGCCGCCGCCUCCGGAGAAACAGGCUCUCAACCGCUUUGAGACCAACUUUGUCGAGUCGCGUCGGCAAGCACUGGAGAAGAUGUGCAACAAGAUUGCCGCCCACCCCACACUACAACAUGACCCCGAUCUAAAGCUCUUCCUUGAGAGCGAGUCUUUCAACGUUGACAUCAAGCACAAGGAGCGUCGGGAGCCAAUUCCAGGUGAAAGCAAAGGUGUUUUCGGAUCAUUCGGUAUUGGGGUCGGAAGCAGUAACAAAUUCGUGGAACAGGAUGACUGGUUCCAUGAUCGCAGAGUCUACCUGGAUGCCCUCGAGAACCAACUCAAGGCACUACUUAAGGCUAUGGAUACCAUGGUCAACCAGCGCAAAGCCAUGGCCGAAGCUGCUGGCGACUUCUCUGCCUCGCUACAUGCAUUGUCUACUGUAGAGCUGAGCCAUACCCUAUCGGGCCCUCUCGACGCCUUGUCGGAACUCCAGAUUACCAUAAGAGAUGUCUAUGACCGACAAGCUCAACAAGACGUGCUGACCUUUGGUAUCGUCAUUGACGAGUAUAUCCGUCUAAUCGGCAGUGUGAAGAAGGCAUUCGACCAGAGGCAAAAGGCGUUCCACAGCUGGCACAGCGCCGAGUCUGACAUGCAAAAGAAGAAGACGAGCCAGGACAAGCUUCUUAGACAAGGCAAGUCUCAACAGGAUCGCCUGAAUCAGGUCAGCGCGGAAGUAGCCGAUGCUGAACGCAAGGUCCAUCAGGCCAGGCUUCUGUUCGAGGACAUGGGUCGGUUGAUGCGAGCCGAGCUUGACAGAUUCGAGCGGGAGAAGGUUGAGGAUUUCAAGAGCGCCGUCGAGACAUUCUUGGAGAGUUCUGUGGAAGCGCAGAAAGAGUUGAUUGAGAAGUGGGAGACUUUCCUUAUGCAAUUGGAUGCCGAAGAUGACGAGGCAGUCUUCUACCGACCUCCUGUCGUUGACUCAUCCGGCGACAAGAGACCUACUGGAGACACAGCUGUUGACAGGGCCAGGGCGCGGAUAGAUGAAGACUCUGACUAGUCGCACAGGGAUGACUAUCCAUAUCCGUGGCCCGCAAUCGAACGGCACCAUCGAUUUGAGAGUAGCUGGGCUCGAUCCUCGCAGCCGGGCGCCUCGCAGGGCUUAGAAGAUGCUUUCAACCGCUGAUGAUAGGUGUAUAGUUUGCUGAGACAUAAUCAUUGUGUCCAUUUGUGUAUGCUUGGACAGGCUAUACCCAGUAGCGUUACAGAACUUAAAAAUAAUGUUAAGCCUCUUACAUGUCG